CCGUGCGAGCAGCAGCCUCCCCGAGCACGACGCGAGCGCCAGCAUGCGAGUUGUAGCGGUGACGGUGUUGUUGGCGGGAAUGUGCCUGGUGGCGGCCAGGCCAGGCAACACCGGCGGCGGCGGGGGCGGGGGCGGCCUCGACACCUACUCUGCGCCGUCGGCGAGUGGCGGUGGAGGCGGCAGCUACGGGGCACCCGCGCCGCAGUACGGCGCCCCCCAGCAGCCGCCCGUCGUGCACAAGCACGUGUACGUGCACGUGCCGCCGCCCGAGCCGGCGCCCUACGGGCCCAAGAAGUCGCCGCCGCCGCCGCCGCCGCCGCAGAAGCACUACAAGAUCGUGUUCAUCAAGGCGCCGACACCUCCGACGCCGACGGCGCCCGACCUGCCGGUGGCGCCGCGCGACGAGGAGAAGACUCUCAUCUACGUGCUCGUGAAGAAGCCCGAGGAGCAGCCGGAGAUCGUGAUCCCCACUGCGGCGCCCACCAAGCCGUCCAAGCCGGAGGUCUACUUCAUCCGCUACAAGACGCAGAAGCAGCCCGCGCCGGCCCCCGGCGGCAGCUACGGCGCGCCGGCUCCAGGCGGCAGCUACGGCGCGCCCGCGCCCGCGCCCGGCGGCAGCUACGGCGCGCCCAGCAGCAGCUACGGCGCUCCGGCGGGCGGCUCCGGCGGGCCCUACUGA